UCUCUUCACACAGUUUGGGGCGUGAAACAAGAAGAGAAAGCCUUUCUUCGUUCCUUAGCCUUCCUGACAAAAUUCUGCUCCUUUUGAAGAAAGCGUUUUCAGUCUACACUUUGAAGCGUGAAAGAUAGUCUUUAGAAGAUGAAACUUGCGUUUGCACUUCACCUUAUCAGCAUAUUGCUGAUGAUUCAGCCUGAUGCCAUUCUGAGCUGUGACACAGCAAAUUGGUGGGCGAGUCUGGACAAGAAAGGUUGGUCUGUAUGUGCAAAUGAUCGCACCUUCCUCAGAGGACUCUGGCGAAGUGCCCCAGGGGGGAACAACGGCCUUUGGCUUAUCGAGCAAGGAAAAUGCUGCGGAGCCAGUGAACCAAGUAAUGCUAAUCAACCUUCUACUUGCACAAAUGCAAACUGGUGGAGUGCAUUGGACGGAAAGAAUGUUUGGGCCCUGUGUCCGGCUGGUUAUUACAUGGAGGGUAUCUACAUCAGUGAUUCAACAAAUAUUUACAACAUCGAAGAGGCCAAGUGUUGUCGUCCACAGAAUCACCCAAACGCUUAUGAAGACUGUUACGAUGAGGAUGUUACCCUUUCGUUCGACAAAGAAGGUUGGAGCGAAUGUAAACGGGCAGGCUAUUACAUGACUGGACUCUAUAAGAGCGGCUGUGAGCACGUCUACUGCAUUGAAAAAUUCAAAUGUUGCAGAAUGAAGAAAGCUGUUGUUAAUGGUGGAUGGACUGACUUCGGACCCUUUGGUGAAUGCAGCGCUACCUGUGGAGGUGGAAUGCAAGAGCGCUCACGAACCUGUACCAAUCCUCCUCCGUCAGGAGGAGGAGCCCAAUGUUCAGGGUCAGCUAAAGAAACGAGGGCUUGUAAUGCUGAACCUUGCGCUGUUGACGGAGGUUGGAGUGAGUACGGAGAGUGGUGCGAGUGUUCCAAACCAUGCGGAGGUGGUGUUCAGUCCCGCAGUAGAACCUGCUCAAACCCUCCCCCGGCACAUGGCGGCAAGGAUUGUAUGGGCAUGAGCGAGGAGACAAUGGAAUGCAACACUCAGGAAUGCGACGUAAACGGCGGAUGGUCAAAGUGGAGUGAGUAUGGGGAAUGUAAAGGCAAGUGCAAUAAGAGAGGUAAAAAGUACAAGACCCGCACCUGCACCAACCCGCCAAAAUCCGGCAAUGGGAAGAAUUGCAAGGGAAAAAGCCAGAAGAAGAAGAGAUGCAAAGUGAAAUGUGCCUAAGCUCCAAAAACAGCCUGGAAACAAGUGGGAAUUAUAUGGGAAUCAAGCGAAGGCUUUAGGAAUGUUUUAGCUGGGGAUAUUUUGAUUGUAGAAUACUUAGGGUCACCAGUGGUAUUAUGUUUAGUGUCUACACUGGAGCCAAGAGAAUAUAAACAGUAUUAUAUAAUCUCUUGCUGAAACUUAUCGUUCUUCAUUUGCACUUUUGGUGUUGGUUAAAUAAAGAAACAAAAAUGUCUAUUA